AUGCGGCUCGGCUCGGUAUUCCGUGCUGCGCGGAGGCCACCGCUGCAAUAUUGCGUGUCGAUUGUGGCGCUGAGGCGGUACCAAGGCCCCUCCUUUGACGGCCCGCUGGCGUCCGCGGCGGUUCGUUCGGGCGUGAUGGACCCCUCCGCGGGUCGCGACCACGCGCAAGAGAGUACGGCGGACAGCGCAGGCCCCCAUCCUCAGGCGCCCGCUGCCCCCCGUCUCCGCGCUCCUGCGCAUCCAUCCGCGUCUGAGCCCGUGCGGCGUCUGGAGCGCGGGCUGUCUCUACCUCAUCAGGCGAGCGCGCGCCCAAACUCUCCUGAGUAUUCGUGGGCGCCGGCCCGCGUUGGGUCGAAUCGUCCGGUUGGACAGCCGCCUCAUGAGCGUGGGCGAUCGCCGCAGCGCCAGCCCCAGCAGCAACGUUCCCCUCGACGUCGCUCUCCUGGUCAACGCGAGCUUCGCCGCCACGGAGCUGGCGAUCAGCUGUCGCCUGCGAGCCCCCGCUCUCCCCGUCACCGAUCUCCCCAAGAUCGGGCAGCCCAGCGCUCACCGCAAGCGCGAUCCCCCACGCAGUGCUCUCCGCGUCGAUCUCCGGCGAGGCGGGGGAGGGGUUCUCCUGGGCGACGAUGGGAUUCUGGGCGUCGCGAGCAAUCCCCCCCCCCUCCGCACUCGGCGGGCUCUGGUGGCCGUCAGGGUCGGCGGAAUGGAGCGGGUCGCGGCGGAGCUAGUCGCGGGGAGGAUCCUGUGGUUGGUGAAGCCGUGAAUGUGUUUGCAGCGGCGAUGCACCAGGCGCGAGCGACUGGUGAGCCAACUCACGUCCACAUCGAGGUGACCAACGGUCAUUCUCACGCCCUAGCCCCUGACGUCGCGGCCCCUCUGCGCGCGCCGGUAUUGAGCGAGUAUCUGCCCGCGCGGGAGGGGAGGGCGCUGUUCCGCACCCCUCGGCAGGUCCCUGGCUUCUCCGCGCAGCCCUUCUUGGGAGGCCGACUUCCGGGCCGGGAGAUAGCGUAUCAGCGUGAGGCUCCGAUUGCACCUCCCCCCACUCGCGCGGGGAGAGACUCCAUGCUGACCAUGUGCCGGACGCUGAAUCUUGCGGAGGCGUGCGAGGUGGUGGCGAACCUGCAGAUGGCGGUGUGUGGGGCCAUGCGAAACUCUCCGGGCAGUUUCGCUCCAGGUCCCCGAGGAUCGUGCGCGACCUGGGCAGAAGCCCUCGCCCCACUAUUGGCGCCCGUGUUGGAAGCGCUUGCCGGGGUAGCGCCCUUAGCGCGUACCUUCCCCCGCCACGUGGAGGAUCUUCUUGUGGCCGCCCAAGAGGGGACCCCGGUGCGCACGCUUCAGUCGUCGGCGCAGCUCCUUCUGGCGGUGUCAACGUGCAUGCGUUCGAUGCUUGAGGUGGAGGGGGAGGAGCCGUACAUGAUGUAG